CCGGGCUGGACCGGACCCAGAGCCGCCACCGCCCGCUUCUGCCAUUCAAUGGAAGACGGUCCGCUGGAGAUCAUGACCAAGGACGGCGGCGACAUGCCGGCACCUCUGGAGGUGUCCACCGUGCCGGCCGUGGGGGACGUGAUCUCCGGGGAGUACAACGGCGGCAUGAAGGAACUGAUGGAGCACCUGAAGGCCCAGCUGCAGGCCUUGUUUGAGGACGUGAGGGCCAUGCGGGGGGCCCUGGACGAGCAGGCCUCGCACAUCCAGGUGCUCUCGGACGACGUGUGCGCCAACCAGCGGGCCAUCGUCUCCAUGUGCCAGAUUAUGACCACGGCGCCCCGCCAGGGCGGUCUGGGCGUGGUCGGCGGCAAGGUGAGCUGCCCCGGUGCCCCCCAGGAGCCGGAGACCUCUUCGCCUGGGAUCGGGGACAGCGGUUUGCUGGGUCGCGAUCCUGAGGACGAGGAUGAGGACGACGAUGAAGAAGAGAAGGAGAUGCCCAGUUCCACCACACCCACUAGUCACUGUGAGCGCCCCGAGAGCCCCUGUGCUGGUCUCCUUGGGGGGGACGGGCCACUUGUGGAGCCCCUCGAUCUGCCCGACAUUACCCUGCUGCAGCUGGAGGGCGAGGCCUGUCUGUGAGGGGACUCCGAGGGGGCACUACUUUCCCGGGCUGGCUUUGGGUUUCCGAGUGCAUGACGCGAGGGGACUGAACGGUGCGGUGCAGCAUGCUUCACUCCGACCGCUGCUCUUGUGGGUCAGACAGAGACUCCCUCGAGAAAGGAUUUAUAGGGUGAAGGACUUUGGGAGCAUCAAGAAUUCUUUCUGCCUAACCAAGGGAGACCUAGCAAACUGCGGAAAGGUGAGGUUCCGGGAGAGGAAGCGCCCAUCUCUGGACUCCCAUCCAUCCCCUACCCUGCCCAUUCCCCCUCCCCAGCCAACAGGAGAACCCCUGAAUUGUGUAAAUAAAAUUCUGCUUUUUCUAUUCUGAAAACGGACUUAUCUAGGACUAUGGCAAAUAAUCUCUAACGAUUUACCUAGACAUUAAGGAAUUGGGGAUAUUCUGUUCUGGCAACAGAAAAUUUACCCUUCUGCUGAAAUCCAAGAUAUUCAGUGCUCUGCAGAAGUCUCUCCCUCUCACAUAUCUCUGCGGCUGCUGAUUGGUAAAGGAAGCUUGAGGAGGGAUGCAGCCCUAGGAAUCUGGGUGAAUGGGGUUCCAAGGGCCCCUGGGCUGGGAGGAGCUGGCUAUGAAUGUGCAUGAAGACAUAAUAGCUCAACCUCUAGGAUUUUUGCAUGCAGAGCGGAUCCUGCCUUGUCACUGACUUCAUCUGGGAUUGCUUUAUCCACUCACUGGGGCUUAGAGAACAAAGAGCCCAGUACACAGGCAGAGACUUGGGGGUGCUCAGCAGCAGCCCAGAUUUAGGGGACGUUUGAGGGACUCUUGGGGGCCGCAGCCAAAAACUGUCUCUCUCCUGGCUACACCCGCUUAACUUUAGUUCCUUUUCCUGUCAAUUUGUCCCUGCCCGCUGCCUCUCGGUGUUGCCUCCAUAAUGUCUUGUGUGUGUUAUGUGUGUCGACUUGUGUAGUAGUGUGUGAGCCCUGAGGGGCAGGGCUUGUGGCUCUGGUGUUAGGUUCAGGGGGCUUCAGACCCUUCUGUGAGCCCCAGGCUAUCAUGGCGCUUUCCCCUCCCCUUUCCUCUUUCCCCCACAACCAGGGCAUGGAGCAUGUGGCUGUCCUGAGGUUCCCAACUGAUGUGCCUCCCUCCCACCUCCUCAAGUAGUGACUCUGUGUGCCCUUUCUCCUCCGCUGUGUAUUCUUUCUCAAUGCUUUCCUUGGUGUUAACCUUAAUAAAGAGGCGUCA